CAGAGGAGAGAGGUUAGGGAAGAAAAUCUGAGCGUGCGCAGUGAAAGCAAAGAGACAAUCUCCAGAUAGGAGCAUGUAUCUCUUAUGAGAUGGGGAUGUAUAUAUUUAGUUUGUCUGCCAGCUACCCUAAUCAUUCUGGUAAGAGCAAGUCAAGCAAGUAGGAGGUGAACCGACCAAAGAGCAGUAUCCACAUUUCUAACGCAAGGAGCUCGAUUUUUAUCACUUUCAUGAUCUGACGCCGGGGCUGGUAGUUUCUCUUCUUUGCCCGACUCUUCCCUCUUCACGGCUCAUUCCGGACUGUAGUUGUUCCUGAUUUUUCCGGGAUUUUCUUGACAACUCGGAAAAGAAAGAAGAUUAGGCCGAUUUCUUUUUCGCCAAGAGACAAGUAGGAUCGACACCUAGGCCCAGCUGUACACAUUUUCGGGAGCUGUUCUUGUUUCACUCUCAAGCACUAGAAACCAAUUUUAUUCUCAGAUUACCAGCACAUACCUGUUUCUAAAACAAUGGAUGCGGAGAUUCGAAUGCGGAAAGCCGAAGCUGGGAGCGAGGAGACUCCUCCGGAGUUUGCUCAUCGGAUGAUGAAGACCAUCAAUGCGGCGACGAUCACCCUCGCCCUGAGCCUGGGGUGUGAAACGGGCCUCUUUAACGUGAUCGCCACUCAGAAAGAGCCACAGACCAGCAAACAGAUCGCCGAAUCCGCCGGGAUGAAAGAACGAUACGUCAGAGAAUGGCUAGGCUCGAUGGUGGUAGCGAGGAUCGUCGAUAUGGACCCAGACAACCAGACAUACUUCGUGCCCGAAUCCAGGCGACCUUUCCUCACCAACGGUCCCUGUAACAUCGUCGCGUUCAGUGGUCUGGUGCCCAUGCUUUGUCAGGCCUACGAUUCAGUGCUCGGCUGCUUCAAAGAGGAUGGCCCACAAGGAGUUCCAUAUUCUCAGUAUCCCAGAUUUCAUCGUUUUAUGGAUCACAUGUCGAGGAAGAUGCAUGAUAAUAGUCUCAUUCAGGAUAUGAUUCCUUCAAUCACAGGACUCGUCGAUAUGCUCGAAACAAAUGUAUCGGUGUUGGAUCUUGGGUGUGGUCAAGGCCAUGCUACAAUGCUGAUGGCACAGCGCUUCCCCGGAUGUACUUUCUACGGGCUUGACAUCUCCCAGAAGGCCAUCGCAGAGGCACGCGCCGAGGCCGCACGACUCAGCCUCACCAACUGCAAGUUCAUGGUUCAAGACGUGGCCACGCUCCCGCACACCUGGACCAACACAUUCCAGCUCGUCACUUGCUUCGAUGCGUUCCACGACAUGGCUGACCCUGAGGGCGUCCUUCGGGAGACGCGACGGGUGAUGAUCGAUGGCGGUCUCUUGCUCAUGAUGGAAGUCAACGUACACAGCUCGCCGCACAAAAACGUGGGGAAUCCCCGAGCCAUUGAUGGUUACGUCAUCAGCAUGCUCCACUGCACACCGGUGUCGAUGUAUUUUGGAGGGCCGGGACUGGGCACGAUGUGGGGAAAGGAGAAUGCUUCCGAGAUGCUCAAGAAACAUGGCUUUGGAGACAUCACCAUGAAGCCGUCGAAAGACAGGUUCAAUGUCCUUAUCACGGGAAAAAAGAAAACAGACUAGAUUCUCAGCUGAGCAUUCGACACCCCAAACAUUCAUGGGAGUUCAACAGAAAAGCUUGAUGAUUUAGAUUUGGACAAAAAAACUUUCGUUUUACGUUAUUUUGUCACAGUGCUUCACUAGCUCAUGAAGAAGUACUGCAUGUUCAAAAUCCGAAAGAACCAUUAAUUUUAUCUUAUUUAUGUUUACAAAUAUAUAUCCUCUCGUAUUCAUAUCUGGAUCACUGAAAUAAGUAUCUUGAUCAAUUCAUUACGGUGACUUUUUCUUUGUUAAUUUUUAUAGAUAAAUAUAGUAAACAAAUUGUUUUCAAGAACAACUCAAAAAUUACCGAAAGAAUGGUGCGAUUUUAUGAAAUAUUCGCAUAAAUGAAACAAGCUUUUCUAAUGUCUAACAUGUUUAAUGCCACACAUACAUAUAUGAGCGCUGUAAAAAUGUGUAUCAAGGCAAAACAGAAGCUGAAUUUUACGUAGUAGAUAAAAAAUAAUUUAUUUAAUGGUUAACAUGAUAGAUCAUAUUUUUUAUAUUAAAAAAAUUGUACAUAUGUUUUGAAAUAGACAUGCCAUUUUGCCAGUUUCGUUUAUGUAUAAAAAUUGUAUUUUUGUUGUAUUUAACCAUAUUAUUGUAUCAUUAUUUACAGUAUACACUUUGUAAAAAUUUGCUUAGAUGAUUUUUGAUGACCGCAAAAGUAUGCCGGUACACAUGAUAUAGGAAUUGAUGUUGUCGUUUUUUUUUUCUUUUGUCGAAAGCUGGAAUGUAAUUUAUAUUUUUUGUUUAUUGUUUGAAUUUAUCAUUUUCUGGUGUUUGAGAUACUCCAGCAUUUGUAUUCAUUGUAUGCAACUUCAUGGUGAAUCUCAUCAAUUCAUACAUGUCGCUAGAUUGUUUUGUACAUUAGUAUAUUAAAACAAAAGACAGUAUAUCAUU